UGUGCAGUCAGGGCUGUGGCCGUACCUGCGCGCACACCAUCGCUCGGUGCCGCUGCCCUCGCCAUGGCCGGCUGCUCCGCUCUUCUCCAGCUCUGGCUCUUGCUCCAAGCCGCCUGCCUCUGCCUGGCCCAGAUUCGAGGGCCGCCGGGAGAGCCCGGCCCACGAGGGCCCCCCGGUCCCCCAGGAGUGCCAGGAGCCGAUGGCGUUGACGGUGAAAAAGGCUCAGCCGGAGCCCCCGGGUCCCCGGGUGCCAAGGGGGAGCCGGGAGCCCCCGGUCCAGAUGGGCCCCCAGGGAAGCCGGGCAUUGACGGGCUGACGGGAGCGAAGGGAGAGCCAGGACCCAUCGGCGGGCCAGGACUUAAAGGCCAGCCUGGACUGCCAGGGCCGCCAGGGCUCCCCGGUCCUUCGCUGCCAGGACCACCUGGGCUUCCAGGCCAGGUUGGGCUUCCUGGAGAGAUUGGAGCACUGGGACCCAAGGGCGACCCUGGACCCGAUGGCCCGCGGGGUCCCCCAGGCGCUCCAGGGAAACCCGGCCCCCCAGGACACAUCCAAGGAGUGGAAGGCAGUGCCGAUUUCUUGUGCCCCACCAGCUGCCCGCCAGGUCCCAAGGGGCCCCAGGGACUUCAGGGACUGAAGGGACACAGAGGCCGUCCCGGUGCCCUCGGGGAGCCCGGCAAGCAGGGCAGGCAGGGCCCUAAGGGUGAUGUUGGUGCCUCUGGAGAACAAGGUGUCCCAGGCCCUCCGGGACCGCAGGGCCUGAGGGGUUACCCUGGGAUGGCAGGACCCAAGGGCGAGACGGGUCCUGCUGGUUACAAGGGGAUGGUGGGAACCAUCGGAGCAGCUGGGCGGCCGGGCAAGGAAGGUCCUGGAGGACCACCUGGGGUCCCUGGUGAGAAGGGAGAUCUGGGUGGCCGUGGCAUCAGGGGCCCCCAGGGAGACAUUGGCCCCAAGGGGGAGAACGGUCUCCCAGGCAUCGAUGGCAAAGACGGCACCCCGGGCAUCCCCGGCGUGAAGGGCAGCGUGGGGCAGGCUGGCCGCCCAGGGACGCCGGGACACCGCGGUCAGGCUGGCUUGCCCGGCCAGCCAGGAAGCAAAGGGGGCCCAGGAGAUAAGGGUGAAGCAGGGGCUCGGGGCCAGCCUGGUGUCACCGGUGCCCCGGGGCAGAUCGGUGAACCUGGACCUCGGGGUGAGCAGGGACCGCAGGGUGUCCCCGGGAUGAAAGGUGACCGGGGCGAGCGUGGCCCCGUGGGUCCGCCAGGCGAGCAGGGGAAGGCGGGGCCAAAAGGUGAGCAGGGUCCACCGGGCAUCCCAGGACCGCAAGGCUUGCCAGGAGUCAAAGGAGACAAGGGCUCCCCAGGGAAAACCGGCCCCAAAGGCAGUACUGGAGACCCGGGUGUUCACGGCCUCGCGGGGCUGAAGGGAGAGAAGGGUGAAUCGGGCGAGCCAGGGCCAAAGGGACAGCAAGGUAUCCAGGGGGAGCUCGGUUUCUCCGGCCCCUCGGGAGACGCAGGCGCACCAGGCGUGCGAGGCUACCCCGGACCCCCUGGCCCACGAGGACUCGUUGGGGAGCGUGGUGUGCCGGGGAUGCCCGGCCAACGGGGCGUACCGGGCCGGGACGCGGGGGACCAGCACAUCAUCGACGUGGUCGUGAAGAUGCUGCAAGAGCAGCUGGCGGAGGUUGCGGUCAGUGCCAAGAGAGCUGCCCUGGGUGGAGUUGGUGCCAUGGGACCCCCGGGACCUCCCGGUCCUCCAGGGCCACCCGGUGAGCAGGGCCCACAUGGACCUAUGGGACCUCGAGGCGUCCCUGGAAUCCUGGGUGCUGCCGGACAGAUCGGCAACAUAGGACCCAAAGGAAAGCGAGGUGAGAAGGGUGAGCGAGGAGAAACUGGCCACGGCCACCCGGGCAUGCCAGGUCCCCCCGGGAUCCCAGGUCUCCCUGGCAUCCCUGGCCACGCGCUCGACGGCAAAGCCGGGGAACGGGGCUUGCCAGGCUCUCCGGGCGAGGCUGGCCGCCCGGGCUUGCCGGGUCCCGCUGGCCUGCCAGGAUUUUGCGAGCCGGCCGCCUGCCUGGGAGCUUCGGCGUACGCCGCCGCACGCCUGACGGAGCCAGGAGCCGUCAAGGGACCCAUCUACUGAGGAGGCACCGGCGCGGCGGCAGAGCCAGCCGGCAAACCCGCACCGGGGCUGGCAGCAAGGAGACCAGAAAACUGCAAAUCCAUAGGGAGUGACCUCUGCCCAUCCCGGGUGCGGAGGGCGCUGGGCUUGGGGCACCCGGAGGAGGCGAAGCACAGCCUUGGGAAUUGAAUUUGGUGUAGGUAUCGCCCCCCUUCCACAGCCCAGGGGACGGUGGAGAACACAGAGAGGUCACCCCGAGUCCUGUCCUCGUUACUGGGGUUCAUCACCUGCCCCCUCUGUCCAUCCCCUGCUCCCUGUGCCCUUCCCAAAGAAAUAAAUUGUCUUUUAUACAAACCCUCUCGCUCUGUUAUGUCCUGCUUGGUGCGAAGCGGCUCAUUGCCGAUUUUCUUUUUGUCCCUCCCUCCCUUAUUUCAAGAACAAAAAUUGUGGUUCAAUUAUUUAAGAGACUCACCAAACCCAGCCCCCCCUCGCUGCUGGGCACUCAGAGCUGUAAAUCUUUGUAAAAUAGGAUUAUUUUAUAACUAAGAGGAAAAAAACCACACUUUUUUUUCAAAAAUAGACAAUAAAA